AAGAUUAAAGUAUGAGUACUGAGAUUAGCCAGGGAGUAAUCACAACCCCUCCACCAUCCAGCAUGCCUCACAAAGAGAGAUAUUUUGACCGCAUCAAUGAAAAUGACCCUGACUAUAUCCGUGAAAGAAAUAUGUCUCCCGACCUCAGGCAAGACUUCAACAUGAUGGAACAAAGAAAGAGAGUCACCCAGAUACUGCAGAGUCCUGCUUUUCGGGAGGACCUGGAAACUCUUAUACAAGAGCAGAUGAAGAAAGGAAAUAACCCAACUGGACUGCUUGCCCUACAGCAGAUUGCAGACUACAUAAUGGCAAGUUCUUUUGCAGGAUUUUCUUCAUCACCUCUAAGCUCUGGACUGAUUACACCUAUUAAUGAUCUACCUGGGAUAGAUACCACUACAUUUGGUAAAGGAGAAAAACUUAUUCGUUGUAAAUUAGCCAGCUUGUAUAGGCUUACAGACUUAUUUGGAUGGGCACACUUGGCCAAUUCAUAUAUCACAGUAAGAGUAAGCAAAGAACAAGAUCAUAUUCUUAUCAUUCCAAAAGGCCUAUCAUUUUCUGAAGCGUCUGCUUCCAAUUUGGUAAAGGUAAAUAUCAUAGGAGAUGUGGUUGAGCAGGGAAGUACCAAUCUGCGAAUUGAUAGUGCAGGAUUCAGUCCUCAUGCAGCCAUUUACUCUAUGCGCCCUGAUGUCCGAUGUGUGAUCCACAUACACACUCCAGCAACAGCAGCAGUUUCUUCCAUGAAGUGUGGAAUACUUCCCAUUUCUCAGGAGGCUCUGAUUUUAGGGGAUGUUGCAUACUAUGAUUAUCAGGGAUCUCUGGAUGAACAGGAAGAAAGAAUAGAUCUUCAAAAAGUUCUUGGACCAAGCUGUAAGGUGCUGGUCUUGAGAAACCAUGGGGUAGUAGCACUGGGAGAGACAUUAGAAGAGGCCUUUCACUACAUCUACAAUGUGCAAUUAGCCUGUGAAACACAGGUACAUGCCUUGGCUGCAGGCGGUAUAGACAAUCUUCUUAUCCUAGACUUGCAGAAAUAUAAACCUUUCACACAUCAGGUAGCUGCAGCAGCAGGAUUUAGUAUGGCUUCUCAGUUCAAAUGGAAAGUCGGCGAGCUAGAAUUUGAAGCACUGAUGAGGAUGUUAGAUAACCUGGGUUACAGAACAGGCUAUGCUUAUCGGCAGCCCCUAGUGAGGGAGAAACCCCGGCACAAGAGUGAUGUUGAAAUCCCAGCUACUGUGACAGCGUUUUCCUUUGAUGAUGAUUCAGUCCCAAUUUCCCCCCUUAAAUUCCUAGCACAAAAACAACAGCGGGAGAAGACAAGGUGGCUAAACUCUCCGAAUACAUAUUUGAAAGUGGAUGUUCCUGAAGAAUCCCGGAAUGGAGAAACAAGCCCCAGGACUAAAACGACAGUAAGUAGCACUUGUCCAAAGAAUGGGAAUAGUUUUAAAAUGUGUGUUUAUAGGAGAAGGUAUCAUGGAGAAUCUAUCUAUGUGGUCACUAAGAGUCGAACUAGACCAUUUAGAGAAACAAGAAACAUGGAAUACUAUCCUGGAUUAUAUAGUAUUCCAGCAUUCUGUACAAAAACAUUAAACAGCUCAUUGAUUCCUACUGGAAUAAUAUGUGCAAAUUGUUAAGAUUUCUUUAUAAUG